GCCGUCGUCGCGCGUUAGUUUUUUAAUUUUUUCGUUGGCGUCGGCAGCAUUUUGGGUCGGCUAAAAUAAUUUAAGUGACCAAAGGAUUUACACAUUCAAAUCGUAUUGGUUUUCGUGUUUACCCAAAAGAGAUCGUGCAACACGUACAGAUUGUGCAAAGUACAAAAGUAAAAGUGGAACCAAUGCUCAGCAAAAUGGCACAAUCGAAUAAUGUGGGAGCAGGAGGCGCAGGUCCUGCUGUCGGCGGACGUCGUGUGCCGCUUUCCUUGAGCAGCGGCACCGGAAGCAGCAGCUCAGUGUCCCGUCUUCAGCAGGCAGCUUCUGGUAGCAAUGGACGCUCCAAUAGUCCAAAUAUGAACAACAAGAAAAAUGAACAGGCUGCCAAUGGACCAUUCGUGUCUAUAAAGAAGGUUAAGGAACAGCAAUCCUCGUCGUCUUCCAACAGCUCCAGCUUGAAAGAAUCGAAAGAGAAGAAGAAUCAAAAUGGCGUUAGCAAAUCUACAAAUGGCAAUCAAAAGUCUUCACAGAACGGCGGCAGCUCCAAUGUCGCUGUAUCCAAGGAGCAACAGAAAAAGGAGAAGGAAAAGCAUGCCGAAAAGCCAAAAGAAACCAAGGAGGAAGCCAAACCAAUUGUGGCUGUAAAAGAAACAGAAAGUGAAGUGAAGGUAGCAGCUACGCCCACAGCAGAAUCUGCUGUCGAUGCCAAGAAAAACAAAGAACCAGUAGCAGCAGCUGAAAUCAUUGAAUUGGAUGAUGAACCCGAAGUAAUGGUGGUUCCCGAACCAACUACGCCAACUUCGGAGCGCAAAUCAUCGCGUAAAACAUCAAAUCAACAGAAAACUCCCACUAAGGCUGAGCAAAUCGAAGCUUUACCACAAGAACAAAAGAAAGAACCAGAAACUGUUGAAAUCGUUGCUGCGAAUCUAGCUGAGGCUGUCGCAGAUGUUGAGAUGGAAACACUGGCUGUAGAGGCAUCGCCUAUCCGAAGCGAGCCAGUUUCUCAACCUGCGGCUACUUCCACACCUGGUCGCAAUCUCUUUGGCUUCCGCAGCAACAGCAAACAGACCAAAGAAGUUGAACUGGCCGCCCAGCCAUCCAGCUCCCCAGCUGGAACUCCAGCUCGCACCUUUGCUCAGAUCAGCGGUCGUCGCAGCAUACGGCCCGAGACAGCACUAACACCUGGCAAACUGGGCAACUAUCGUUGCAUCAACACCAGUGAGCUAGACACUUCGAACUGCACCAACACCAGCAUGAAUGCCACCGUUGGCUCCGAGAUUCCCAACAGCUCGUCGUUCUCGUUCUCCUUCUUUGGGCGUGGUCGCAAACGUGAGCGCACACCACCGCCACUAGCGGGCAGCCAGUCAACUACUGACCUGGCCCGCGAUAUUGAGAUGUCUCCACCAAAACGUGCGCGCUUCGAGCUCUUCAGCAUGAACUUAGCAUCGCCAUUCAGCAUGUUGCGUUCACGUUUCUCCAAGGCAACCAUUAACUCGCCAUCAACACGUCUGCGUUUGGACGACACACCGCCAGCUGGCGAGGAAGAAGAGGCUGAGAAUGGCGGAGAGGUGCAGAAUGUGUCGGGCAUUGUCAUCCAAGAGGAGGAGCAACAGCUAAACAAAUCGACAGCCAGCAAUGAAGUUACUGUUGCCCAGGAAGCUGGUCUGGAGACACCCAAAAAGGGCGGAUCGCCAGUCAAGGAAGCCGCUGAGGACAACAACAAGGAUGUGGAACUAAACAAUAAGGAUGUGGUGGGCGAUGAUCUAGUAGCCAAUGUGCCAGCUGCUGAAGUGGAAGGAUCCACCACCGAGGUUGAAGGCGCCAACCGAUCUCGUUGCGCUAUAAUGUGAACAAAUUUCCCGAUCCUCUUCCCGCUGUUCUUAUUAAAUUAGCUCUUAAGUUCAAUGUCAUUCAUUUAGUAGUGUUUAAUAACUCUUUGGUAAUUUGUGUUCUUUGCGAAUAAUUACAUGUUAAGAGUAAGCAUAUCAAUUAGGGGCUGCAACCAAAGCCAUCGUAUGAAGCGUUGACUCCUCUUUUCCGGCUUGAAGGAAAUGUCAGUCAAACGCUAAACACAAUUUGCAGCCCUAUUGUCAACAAUGGCGAUUUCUUGCUAGAUAUCUCCCAUAUUUAUUUAAUGUGGCAGAUAUGCACCGACAAAUCGUUAAAUAUUGUUAGGAUACACAUAUAUGAUUUCAGUACCCAAACAAUUUUGGGUACAACAAAAAACAAAAAAAUACCUUUUGUAGACAACAAACCAAUCUCUCAAUCACAUACAUAUAUAGUCUUAGUAAAAUAUUUUAAGCUAAAAUGAUUUGUAUAUGUAUUUGCGAGUUUUCUGUGUUUUAUUCGUCAGAGUAUUUGUACAAUACGCAACCACAAAGUAAUAUGUAAAGAGUAUCGCAUAUUUCAAAUAAAGAUCAGAUUUAUUAAA